AUGAUUGCCCCAGGGAUGGUGGCCGCCGCCACCAACACCGGCACUGGCGGCUGCUCCAAGACUGCGGCCCAGCGCUCGCCCGCCCUGCUGGCCUGGAUCACCAUCGGCCUGGUGCUUGCCAUGCGCCUGUCCCUGCUCGAGAAGUGGGGCAGCCCGCAGGCCCAGGGCCCGCUCCUGCCAGAAGCCGGCACAGCCGCCCAGGCGGCGGCGCUGCUGGAGGCCACUGCUGGCGUGCAGGGCAUGGCGCCCACCCGGCUCCUGCGCCAGGCCGCCGCCCAGGCUGCUGCGCGCAGCGCUGGCGCUGCCCUCCUUCGCGACAGGGACAGUGGCGGUGCUGGCACUGGCGGCAACAGUGCAGUAGCACCGGAUGUCACCAGCAGCCCCUCCCCGCAGCAAACCGUCCAGGCCGGGGCCAGCGUGCUGGCGGAGCCGCCGCGCGUGUCGCCCUGGGCUGACAAGCUGAGUGAAGCCGAGCUGGGCGGCGGCUGGAACUUGACAUGGGAGGUGUUUGACCGGGCCGCCAGGCACCCCAACGCCACCGUGGUGUCCUGGUCCUCCCCCCGCGUCCUGCUCAUCCGAGACUUCCUGACGCCCGACGAAACGGAGCACCUCAUCCGCCAGGCCACAGGCGGGUUUGCGCGGUCAGAGGUGGUGGCGGAGGAGUCCAAGCAGCACGAGGCACGCACCAGCUACGGCUCUUGGCUGAACGGCGCGAAAAGGGACGACAAGGUGCUGGAGAUUCAGAACCGAAUCCACCGGCUGGUGGGCAUCCCAGAGGCCUUUGGGGAGUCGAUCUACGUGCUGCAGUACUCGGAUGGCCAGAAGUACGACCCCCACACCGACCACUGCGCCUCGUCCCCCGCAGCUGCCUCCACCCAGAGCUGCCAGGACUUCCUCCGGCGCGGCGGCGGCCCCAAAUGCGGGCCGGGCGGCGGCGGUGUGACUUGUGGCGACCGGCUGGCCACCUUCAUCCUCUACCUCAGGUCUCCGACUAGGGGCGGUGCAACAGUGUUCCCCCUGGCGCCCAGCUACCGCAUGCACUCUUUGCAGCCACAGCAUGGCGGCCAAGCCCUUGACCAGCAGCCUGGCGGGCAGGCGGCUCAGGGAGCCGAGCAAGCGCAGCAGGGUGGGGAGGGCACCAGUGCCGAAAGCGGCAGCAGCGGCGAUCGCAGCAGCGGCGCCGCUGACAGCCGCCGCCUGCUGCGCCACGGCGAUGGCCAGCUCAGCGGCAGCGCCGCCGACACGGUGCCGCCCUACUGCCAGGAGGGCGCUACGGCGCUGCAGGUGGCGCCACCGUCCGGCUCGGCGGUUUUCUUCUGGGACUAUGUGCCUGCUGGCUCGGCCUGGCAGCCAGGGGACCUGGCGACACCCGACCCCGCCAGCCUGCACGGCGGCUGCCCCGUGCUUGAUGGCACUAAGUUGAUUGCCACCCGGUGGAUGAGAUCAGCCGAGUUUUACUGA